UUAAACCCAAUUGAUCGAGAGAUACUCGCGCAUCGCAUUCUUAAUCCUGAUCCCAUUGUUCCUCCAGCAUCCCCAUUCGUCUAUCCGCCUCCAGUUACACCGACCAAUACGCUAAGUAUAUUGCAGCCCACGUCAUUAAAGUCGCGUAAAUCGGGAGUUAGACCACAAUCUGCAUCUGUUAUGUCAGAUGCUGGGUGCAUGUAUAGUUCCGUAUCUCGCGUUUCUCACGCAUUUCUUCAGGCAACCCAUCCUCCUGAGGCUCCUCGUUGCCUUUUUAGGUUAUUUAGUCAACUUAGCUUAACAGAAUUACAAUCUGUUCCCGCCGACAUCUCCCCUGGAUCUUCUAGUGAUUCCACUUAUGUGGGCCACAAAAGGAACAUGAUCAAUGAUCUUCAUGAUCGACUGAAUAGUGAACUACUUCUGCUGAUUUGGUCAGCAGGCCUUAUGCCAGUUCCACCCUCUGAGAUAGUGAGUUCCGCCAAAAUUUCUGGCCCUUUUGAUGAGACCUCACCACAUGAACUCCCAGCUCCCAAACUGUGUCUCGUUCCUGUGGAUGAUUCUCCUACAAAAUCAUUUGCUAACCUCGAUUUACUUACAGGCGUCCAGUAUCAGCGCGUUUGGUUUAUAUUUGAGCGGAUGCUUGGCUCACGUCUUAGUUGGGCUGAUAGAUUUAACUACGUGGUUCGUGCAAUUGUCGAUUUGGAUGGUCUGAUUUACGAAGGAAGUAUGCGCAAAUUACUUGUGCCCUUUGUAAAUUUGAUAGCUGCUGGCUUAACGCGUCAAAUCCUUUGGUUAGCGUUUAAUUUGGUUCCUAGCCUACGAAAUACCGGGCAUCCCGCCUUUCAGACAGAUCUUUUGGAUGCGAGUGACCAUGAUAUUCUCUUCAAUUCCAAUCCUUCUGCAUUCACCUCUAUAGCUUCGACAAAGGAUGAUUUUUGUGUCAACCUUAAUGAGCCUGCUUCAUCCCAGCAAAAGUUAAAUUUUCAUACGGCAUCAUCUCGGUCUUUUGCUGUAAACAAGCCAACAUCACUUUCUACUUGCCUUCGCCAUCCUGAGCUUACUUGUCGUGUGGAUUGUCUUCUCAUUGCCGUUGUUGAACUUUUAUUUGGUGUCAGUUCUCUCUAUUUUAAAUCGUUAUUAUUGUACGUCUAG